CAGCAGCAUCAUGUCUAAUUCAUCAUUAGAAGAAGAGAUCCAACUGCUGAAAGCAGUUCUUGUUACUGACCAGUCCACUGCUAUGGAGCUCGUUAAUGAUCCGGGACCAGCACUAACUCCGCCGCUGCCACCUCCGCCGCCAACACCUCCGCCACUGACUCCUACAUCGCCACCACCGACAACAACUGGUAAGACGAAAAAAAAUUGGCGCUGGAGGAAGCGAAGGGGGGGCCAGCAGCAGCAACAGCAACAAAAUCACACCAACACUGCGAUAUUGUCGGUGGAGGCGCAGGAAGAGAGGAGAUCACGGCAAACAAAGAACAAAAACGGCACGUGCAGAAACGCUGAACAGAACAUUUAA